GUUAAACUCAAUUGUAUUCUACCUUUCAAUACAAGAUGUAAUAUAUUAAAACUACAUUGUAUUCUGCCUUUCAAUACAAGAUGUAAUAUAUUAAAACUUAAUUGUAUUCUACCUUUCAAUACAAGAUGUAAUAUAUUAAAACUCAAUUGUAUUCUACCUUUCAAUAGAAGAUGUAAUAUAUUAAAACUCAAUUGUAUUCUGCCUUUCAAUACAAGAUGUAAUACAUUAAAACUCAAUUGUAUUCUACCUUUCAAUAUAAGAUGUAAUAUAUUAAAACUCAAUUGUAUUCUACCUUUCAAUACAAGAUGUAAUAUAUUAAAACACAAUUGUAUUCUGCCUUUCAAUACAAGAUGUAACAUAAGAUGUAAUAUAUUAAAACUCAAUUGUAUUCUGCCUUUCAAUACAAGAUGUAAUAUAUUAAAACUCAAUUGUAUUCUACCUUUCAAUACAAGAUGUAAUAUAUUAAAACUCAAUUGUAUUCUGCCUUUCAAUACAAGAUGUAAUAUAUUAAAACUCAAUUGUAUUCUGCCUUUCAAUACAAGAUGUAAUACAUUAAAACUCAAUUGUAUUCUACCUUUCAAUACAAGAUGUAAUAUAUUAAAACUCAAUUGUAUUCUACCUUUCAAUACAAGAUGUAAUAUAUUAAAACUCAAUUGUAUUCUGCCUUUCAAUACAAGAUGUAAUAUAUUAAAACUCAAUUGUAUUCUGCCUUUCAAUACAAGAUGUAAUACAUUAAAACUCAAUUGUAUUCUACCUUUCAAUACAAGAUGUAACAUGUUAAACUUAAUUGUAUUUUGCCUUUCAAUACAAAAUGUAACAUGUUAA